GUCAAACUCCUGGAGGCGUGUCCCCAUUAAUUUGUGCUCUCCUAUAUAUGCUGCUUCUUCUUUUCCUUCCAAUUUUUCUAUUUCUCCAUUAUGCUUUCUGAUUAACCCAUAUAUCAAAUUUCAAGGAGAAUUUAAUUUGUAGAGUACAACAACAUGAAGCUUUCUUGCUUAAAUUGCUUCAGUUCAGAUUCUAGAACUGCGGAUAGGACCAGGCAAGAAGCACAAAAUCCAGAAAAUUUCCGAGUGUUCUCUUAUAACGAACUAAGAUCGGCCACUAAUGGCUUCCAUUCCGCGGCCAAGAUCGGAGAGGGAGGUUUUGGCUCUGUCUACAAGGGUCGGAUUCGAGAUGGGUCACUCGUGGCUGUAAAAGUGCUUUCAAUUGAAGUAGAAUCGAUGCGAGGUGAGAGAGAGUUUAUGGCUGAAAUAGCUGCCCUUUCCGAUAUCAGACAUGAAAAUCUUGUCACCCUUCGAGGAUGUUGCGUUGAUGGAGCUAGCAGAUACUUGGUCUAUGAAUACAUGGAAAACAAUAGCCUUGCCCAUUCCUUACUUGGUAAACAGCAAAACAGGUUGAGAUUUAGUUGGGAAACAAGGCGGAAGAUUUCCUUAGGAGUGGCUCGAGCACUUGCCUAUCUUCAUGAGGAGGUUCAACCCCACAUUGUCCACAGAGACAUUAAAGCCAGCAAUAUACUUCUUGAUAGAGAUUUUACACCAAAAGUUUCAGAUUUCGGUCUAUCAAAGCUAUUUACAGAUAACGUGUCUCAUGUUAGUACUCGUGUUGCGGGCACAUUAGGCUAUCUUGCACCAGAAUAUGCCAUCAGUGGACAUCUAACACGAAAAUCUGAUGUUUACGGCUUUGGGGUACUACUAUUAGAAAUCGUAAGUGGUCGGGCAGUCAUGGAUUUUGACCGAGAAUAUAGGGAACAUUACCUCGUUCAAAAGGCAUGGGAAGCCUACAAUGCCAAUGAACUUGUACAAUUAGUCGAUUCCGCCUUAGAGAACAACUUUCCUGAGGAAGAAGCCGUUCGAUUCUUAACGGUAGGCCUACUUUGCGUGCAAGAAACUGCAAAAGUCCGGCCGCGAAUGUCCGAGGCGUAUAGAAUGUUGACAAAUGAGACCAACGUCAAUGAUUUUGAGAUUUCACAACCUGGACUUGUUUCUGAUUUCAUGAAUAUCAGAACAGGCCAAAAGCAAACGACAGAGGCUUCGGGUUCUUCUUAUGCAGUAUCCAUGUUUAGUACAGCCAAUCUUGGACGUUAAAUGAAAGAAAAUUUUUUAAUGGAUAGGUUGAAGUUGAACACUACAAUUGGAAGAAGAAAAUGGGUAUUUUUUUUAAGGCUGAUUUUUGGUCAAGCUCCCAUUAGAGUUCCCCCCACUAGGGUUUUUGCCAAAUCAACUGGAGAGAACAUUUUUUUUUUACCAUGGUCACCUCGUCCAUGGAGCAAUUGCGUGUAUUGAACAUUCCAAAGAAGACUGAAGACCAAUGUUGGAAUUCCAUUAUAGAUAACGCAAUGAUGUGUAUUUAUUGGAGGCAACUUGUGGAUUGUAGCUGAGGAUUGUGCAUAUUUUGUUUUUGAUCGUGUGAGUCCUCUGGUAAAGUUAAUCAUCUUUUCGAACUUUGUAAGUGAUUCAAUUAAUUAACAUUCGAUUGUGUAAUACUAUUCAUUCUUCAAAGUGAAAUAAUAAAAUUUUGAUUU